AUGCUCAGGACCGCCCGGUUUGCGUUACCGAGGUCCGAGUAGUUUCAAGUCGGUUGCGCUGGAGCAUAAACACGAAAAAAUGUCAGAAAAUCUCAAUAAUAAACUUGCAAAAAAGUUGCAAACGGUUUUUAUACCCAAAUUUCUUUGAUUACGCAACUUUCGACGUCAUAUCCGUGCGUAAAUUUAGGCGUAGAAAUAUCAUGUGUGACUUUAAAAUUGAUAAGGUCGUGUGUGAAUUGAUUCACUGACUCAAUUGGAAAAUAGGCGAGGUAUCAAUUUUUCGAAUUCUUCUCCCAGGGCGUGUAUUGAUCACAGAACUGAGGCUGUUUAUUCGGUGAUAAGCUUCCCGUUUUUAUGAGGCGUUACUGGACUUGUCCUGGACAAAUUUGAACUGAUCUUGUUGGUUGAUAGCCUAGUCGUUGGAAAUUUAACCGGGUUACUGUAAGCGAUUUUUCCGUAACGAUUUUCUGGGAUUUUCAACAGCUCGAGGCUGUCUAAUUUAUCUAUUUUACUGGCUAUCUUCAUGUCUUCAUACAUCAAAGGCGAGAGAGAAGAGAGCGCAGAUAGGUCAGACUAUCCCAAGUCGUUCCUAACAAGUAUAGUCAUAUUUAUUGUAAAAACAUCGGACCGUGGGAUUCUCUUUGAAGUUUUUAUGACAAGGCAAAGUUUAUAGGACUAUUAUGGCCAAGUUUUGAGAUUUUUCCACUAUACGAUUUGUUUCAUAGCUUAAAAUUUGUUGUAAAAAUGGAAGAAAAAUAUGAAAAUGAAAGAUUGUCAACCUCGCCGUUUCACAAAAUUAGGCACCAAUUUAUUAAAAUUUUAUUAAAACCAGGUAGUCACUGAUACUCGGAUCAGUGGAUGGCUAGGAGUUAUUUCUAUUUUUAACCGACUAAAAACAACUUACGCAUUUAGGCAUUGUUCAUCAGAAAGCUCAGGCAAAGCAAGCAUCGACUUUUUAAAAUUUCCUACAUGCCAGUGGACCCCUAUAAGCACCACCUAGAUUAUACCCUUUAAGGGACCACUCUGACGAUCCUAAGGAAUGGUAAAAAGAAAUUGAUAAAAAUAUAUAUUUACAAGCCUCAAAUCCUAAUAAAAACUGGAAUUCCAGGAGGAAAAGCCGAGAAGAAGACCAAUGGCCCUUCGAAGAAACAAAAGUUGUAAAAAAAGUGGUGUCGAAUUUCGUCGGACCGUCCUUCUCGCCUUUCAAAAGCAGUGGUAAUUUCAACUUUGAGCGGAAAUUUUGAAGAGAAAAAGUCAGUAAGAAAUGCAGUUUCGAGAAGAAAAAUAUUUUCCGUAUGGUAAAAAAAAGUUCGGAAAAAUUUAGCUUGUUAGUAAGUGGGGUCAUUUAAAUUUAGACAGGCAUUUUGAAAAAGAAAAAGUUAAAAUUAAAAAUGAAAUGAGAUUUGAGAAAAAAAAAUGGUGUUCCCUAUGAGGCUAUGACAGGAAAAUAUGGAUGUUCUAGGAAAAAAUGUGAAAAAUCGCGCCCUUCAACAACAGGGAUAAUUUCAAUUUCAAACGGAUACUUUUCAAAAAAAAAAAUCAAAAAAAAGGACAGUGACAAAUUGAGGAGAAAAAGAUGUUCUGAUACAAAAAGUCGGAAGCAGAUGUUCCUUUUUAAACGGAAGCACGGUCGCGUGGGCGAAAUGCUUCGAAGUGCUCGAAAAUGUGUUCGCGUGGGGACCUUCUAAUGGUUGAAACAAGAUGUUUGUGAAUAAUUGCAUUGGUUUUGGAGGUGGUGGGCUGACUUUUCUUUUGAAAUUCCUAGUUGACAUAGGCAUUAAAUCAUGCUAUGAAAUGUGUUAGACUUGAAAUUUUUCGAAAAGGACCAUUUUUUUGGCGUCGAUUUUUAGAAAAAAAUUGAUAUUCUUCCAACUCGGGUUUUGUAUUGAAAAUGAAGCGAUUCAAAGAAAAAAAGGUAAAAUAUUAAAAUUUGACGUUGAAAUAACGAAAAUGAUUUUUUUGCGACACCAUUAUUUUUUUAGAAAAAAACUUUUUUUCAAGUUACCUUUUUCAGGUGCUGUUCCUCACGCUGACUUCAAAUCUGAGCUCAAAAACUUUGAAAACGUCAGAAAUUUGCUAUUUUCAACAAAAAAAUAUGAUUUUUUUGUCUAGAGGUUACUUCAAGCGCUCGUAACUUUUUCCACAGGGAUUUUAAGAGUUUUUUUGAUACCAAAUAAAAAAAUCAGCGGAAAAAAACGGCACCUAGUGAAUUUAAUUUUUUUGGAGUUUAUAUUUCAUGUCACAUUUUAUGCUAAUUCUAUUCAUAGAUCAAUGAAAAGGUUUAAAGCGCUGAAGAUAAACGAUUUCAAAGUUUCAAGAGUUUCAUAAAUUGUGGAGAAAAGUUAUUAAAAAUGAUUGUCCGUCUACAUAAUUUCCCUUUUGAAGAAAUAAAACAAACCAGCUUUACAAUUCUUUUUUUUUCACGAGUGAUCUUUCACUUAUAUUUUUGUUUCGAUCCCAUCGUGUUGUGAUCUCGAAAGCCAUGAACCAAUUAUUAGAACUUUUUCAAACUUUUUUUGCUGUUUUUGUUUGAUGAUAGAGUGUAGAAGAAUUGAAUAAACAAGAGCAAAAAAAGUUUGACGUCAAAAGGAAUCGAACCUAGCAUAGCGUCAGCGCCAUUCAAGAACCCUGCCACUUCACCACUCUCCCAGUUGCUGGUCGAGCACUCCGAGCGCGGGCAUAUACUUGGCGGCAAAACUUUGACGAGCUUUUUCUCGGUACCCUAUGGCGCUUAG